GUGUGGAAAUCAGGAGGUCAUCUGUUACCUGAAAGUUUGAUUCUGACUAUGAAGCCUCGAAAAUCGAAACUCAAUUCAUAUAAAAAUCGGCAAGAGUAGAGAGGAGUUGGAUAACUCCACAUUUUUCAAUCUUGUUAGUCCUUUCACCUUGCUAAUACGAAAUGUGUGAAUCCUGAUGCUAACUCUGUGGAGUAGGAGAAGAAACUACCUCAAGUUAAGGUGAGACCCAGGCCUGAAAAGGGGAAAUCGCUCUGGAGUUGGCUCAAAAACAAGAUUUUUCGUAGAGAAGGAAGGCAAAUAUGUUCAGAACAUGUGAAGCACCAGAUUUUUCGUAGAGAAGGAAAGCAAAUAGGUUCAGCACAUGUGGAGCACCAGCAACAGAUCAAUAUCAGUGAUGGGAUUAUAUAUGGCAGUGGUUUUAAAAACCGAAUAUUGGAAUAAAAACAAACUUUCCAUCACCUUUUUAGAUAUGUUGUUUCCAUGUUAAAAAAUACUCCGUAAUUUGAAUUCUUGUAUUUGUGUGGUUCUUGCAGACACGUCCCAUCAAUGAAGUAAGGAAUCGUUAUAUGGUUUCUUCUUACAAGGCGAACCAUCUUGAUGCCUAUUCGGAAAUUAGACUGGUGAUUGGAGAUGGGGAGUGUUUCUACAGGAGCUUCAUAUUUUCCUACCUAGAGCAAGUUAUUGAUAGGCAGGACACAGAUGAGGAGCAUCGUCUCCUUGAUGUUGUUGAAAGAAUGUCUGUGCAGCAUGCAAAUCUUGGAUGGAACUCUGAGUUUUCCAGGACCAGCAGAGCAUUUAAGGAGCUGAUUGAGAAAGUAAUGAGAUGGAAGGGCACGGAAUCAACUAGCAGUUGCCGUAAAGAGGAACUUCUCCAGUUCUUCAGCACGUAUGAUGAGACGCAAGACAUUUUUGCUUUCCUCAGAUUACUAGUAGCUAUCCACAUAUGCUCGCACAGUGAGGAUUAUGUACCGAAUAUACCAGAGGUCGACCAAGGAAAUUGCAGUCUGGAAGUUUGGUGCUUCGAGCAGGUCAUUCCAGCUCGUGUGGACGCGGACCAUGUUAUGUUGGUGGCUUUGGCCACAGCGCUUGAGGUCCCCCUCAGAGCGGAAUCAUUCCAACAAGGAUAUGCUCGAGAUAUCUACACUGGUCCUGGAUUUCCCCGUCCGAGUGUGACCCUGCUGUACACGGGAAAUCACUACAACAUCAUCUACCCACGUGCUCCUUCUGCUGAGAGUUCAAGUCAUCAGGCUUCCAAGAGAGAAGAUCCUGCUGAUCAGAGUUCAAGUCAUCAGGCUUCCCAGAGAGAAGAGCCUGCUGGUCAGAGUUGAAGUCAUCAGGCUUCCUAGGGAUAACAUGCUGCUGAUCAGAGUUCAAGUCAAGAGACUUCCUAGAAAGAACAUCCUGCUGAUCAGAGUUGAAGUCAACAGAUUUUGCCGGAUUAAAGUUGAGGUGGGCUGCUGCCGUUGAAUGAGAGUGUUGCUGAGUUUAGUUGUAUAGGGUUAGAGUAGAUGCACCGAUGAAGUUGGGGUAGGCAUAGGAUAUACUUACUUGUGCAUCCUUCUUCUGUUGGCUGGUAUAAGGUGAACAUCCUUCUGCUGCUGAUGAAUACAGUAAUGAAGCAGAUAGCCAUAUACUUGUGCAUUCUUUCUGGUGCCACUGGAUUGAUCAAUUGGCACAUAUACAAGGAUGAAUGCAAUCGCUUAAUUAGUUUCCGUGAUUGGUUUAUUUGUGA